CGCGAUACUGCGACGUCAGGUUCAGCCAUGAUGUGGUUUUGAAUGAGGAAGAAGCGGGAGAUGUUAGUCUUCAAUGAGUUUAUUUUACAUUUAUAGACACUGUAAGGAUAUAUGGAUGUCUUCAGUUGUGGCUCAAAAUGACACCACGUUUUCCGACUGCACAAGUUGCGACUUAUUGCAUUCCUGUGCGAAUUUAAACAUACUUCAGUAAAUUAGCUGUGUAGCUAACAACGCUAGUUAGUAUGCUAGCUAGACCGAGCUAAUUCCAUGCGAACCGUUUUUUGUGCCGUUGGGACAGAAAAAAGGGAGAGUGCUUUAUGCUGUGAGUGCUGGCCUUUAAAAACAACCUUAGCAUGCCUACCUCGGUUGAAUGAAACACAUUGCCUGUAUUUUGCUUGACUUUGUUGACAAACCGAUAGCAGCUAUAGCUUCUCUUUAAACCAGCGUUAUCGUUUCUGAAACUUUUGAGCCAUGCUUAAUAAAAUCUACGGAUGGAUUGAAACGAACUUUGCCAUCCUUCGCAACGAUGAACCAGCUGUGGAUCACUCGCAUGGGCGCUCUACUCCGAGAGAUGCUCAAGUGAAAAGGAAAAGACCCAUUGAAUUUUUGGAGGAUGACCACAUGAUCGUGCAGGAUGAUUUAGCCAUUAAGAAAUCACGAAUGGGGGAUCUCAUUGAUAGUGUCAAGAGUGCAGCUGAAGGAUUAAAAAAUCACAGCACAGGUGUGGCUACGUGGAUGAAAAAAAAUGUAAGCCCAACUUUGAGAAAUAUUCCACCUGCCUCAUCUGGAGAGCCACAGCCCUCAACAUCAGCAGCAUCAGCCUGGACAGGAAGACCAGCGGUUGUUUCUCUGGAUGAAACAUUUGCUGCUCCAUCUACAACUUUAGAGUGGAAAACAAACAAAUCAGAGUGGCUGCGUAAUGAGAAGUUCAUCAUGAGGUCAAAAGAUUGUAGGCAACAAGUUUUCAUGAAUCCUGCACAUCGUGAGGUGCCAAAAACAAAUGGACACUCAAUCAAUGUGCCACUCUCCAUCAUACCCAAACUGCAACCCUCCCCACGCUUAGGCAGGCCCUUCAACCUCCGAUCACACAGAACAACAAGCAGUUUGUUAGGUGGUGUGGGCACAAGUAACUCCACCAGCAUGUAUGAGAAGACCUUUGCCAGUAAAAUGGUGCAGAGUCCAACACACAGCGCCUUGUCAAACCGCUCACAGAAGAACAGACGCUACUGCACAGCACAAGAGUCUGUUUGUGAGGAGGAGAAAGAGAUCUACAGGCAGCUUCUGGCUAUGGUGUCAGGUGGUCAGUCAUCUUUCCUUGACAACGGCAGCUCACACAACGUUGUGAGGUCAAACAGAGAUUUCGGCAGCUUUCUCACCAGCCACAGACCGUUACAGGUCUCUUCUGCUGCUGGGUCAGUGGCAGGAAGAACAUCAGAGGAACCUAGUAGCACCCCUAGUCCUAGAGAGAUUUCUAGUCCGUGCUCCAGUAACCACCCCAGUCCAGUGAGAGCCUACAGCAAGACAGAGAACCAGAUGUGGUCUCAAGACGCAGACCUCAGCUCCAAUAGAGAAGCUGCUCUCACAUCAACUCUGCAAGACAGUAACUCUCAGGACACCCAAUCGUCAGCUCAUGAUGGGGACUCCGUAAUUCUUGUCAGUGACAAAAAAGGCAAAAAGCAAGACAGCUCAAGAGUGCCGUGUUUCCAACCUGAGUUAUGGAUAAAAGAAUUUACGAACAUUUAUGACUCUCGAGCGAGAGAAAGAAGACGACAUAUAGAGGAGCAGGAAGCUCUGGCCGCCCAGUUGCUUCGACAGCGUUUAUCCGACCAGGAACAACAAAGCCCAGAUGUCGAGGUCCUCGUUCGAGUUCCGUUGGUGGAUGAGGUUCCUUUGCCUCUUGUGAUAGAGGAGCAGGAGGCUUUGGAGGAGAAACCAGAAUUUCCUGAACUCACAGAGGAAAUGGAAGCUGAGGUGGACAAGGCGCUGAUGAAGGGGGGAAGUCCUCAUGAAAUACUAAGUGAGGGAUUUGGUCUCAGCCUUACACGGAAAGACCUGCAGACGCUCAGCAGCCUCAACUGGCUCAACGAUGAGGUGAUCAACUUUUACAUGAACCUGUUGGUGGAGCGCAGCAAGGAGCCCGACCUGCCAUCAACCAACACAUUCAACACCUUUUUCUACCCUAAGCUGCGCAGCAGCGGCUACUCUGCUGUGCGCCGCUGGACCAAAAAGAUGGACAUCUUUUCUAAAGACAUCUUAUUGGUUCCUGUUCAUUUGGGGGUACACUGGUGCCUCUGUGUGGUGGAUUUCCGUAAAAAGUCCAUCAUGUACUUUGAUUCUAUGGGAGGAAGCAAUGAUGAAGCAUGCCAAAUAUUGUUUGACUACCUACAGCAGGAAAGUAAGGACAAAAAAGGCAAAGAAAUGGAUACCUCAGGCUGGACUCUGCACAGCAAAAAGCGCAGCGAAAUCCCUCAGCAGAUGAAUGGAAGCGACUGUGGAAUGUUCACAUGCAAAUAUGCAGAUUACAUAACCAAAGACAAGCCAAUCACGUUCACACAGAAACACAUGCCCUACUUCAGAAGAAGGAUGGUUUGGGAGAUUGUGAACCACAACCUCUUGUGAUGUCACUAUUGUGAUCGAGACGUCUUACAGUCGCCCUGCAUGACUUAACUUUGAGCGACAUUCCUCAGGAGGAUCUAUUUUUUCCCACAAAGACUUGCACACCAGCUCUGUUUCUAUUCUCAACGGUCAUUCAAGCCCCCAGCGGAGAUUUGCUGAUGGGAUGUUGCUGGAGCACAAGUCACUGCCUCCCGGACCUUUCCUGCAGCUCCGUCACGUUUUGGUGCAUCAGUAGAGCAUCAGCAUAGCAGCUGAAACACUGCGUUUUCUGUUACCCUGCCACAGCUGAAUUUGACCAACAAAUCAUACUCUGAGGUCUUACCUUUGUUUCUUAAAUCCAAGAAGCCAACAAUGUUCUUUGUUUGGUGCAAAAAAAAAAAAUAUAUAUAACUUUGCCUCGGGAACAAGGACUCCCACUGAACACCUGCAGAGCAUAUAGGCUAAAUUCGGUUUCUGUAUCCGAGCAUGACAUGUUUUGUUCUUGUCAUGCAAAAGGGCUACCAACGACCAACUAUUAUUGGUUAUUCCAGAUGAGUAAAAAAUAGUCUGUUAGGUUUUUGAUCUUUUUACUCACUGCUGCAGAUUGUUGUUUAAAAUAUUUCUUUUAAAAACAUGACAUUCCCUCAGAGUAUGAUUUAUAAUGAAAGUAACGUCUUUCUGAUUCUAAUGUAACUGAUCGGUUACAAUGUUACACAGCAGGGUGAGAAAACUUUUGCCAGUUAUUUGUUUUUCUUGAUAAGAUUUUAAAUUAAAGUCUAUUUUCAUGUACUUGAGCGUCUUUUGGUUCUACAGCAACUUUUGUGGCAUAUUCAGUAUAUUUUGAAUUUUGUACAUACUUAAAACAUAUACAGUCAACUGUGUAAAAACAUUUUUUAAUGUAUUUGCUAUUUAGACAAGUUGUUUAAAGAAAUAAAUUAUCCAGUUUUGUGA